ACAGCGCUACGUCCUGCCCUGCGGUUUGUAUACAAAUGCAGAGGGGAUAUUAGUGUCUGAAGCCUUCUUUCGCACCAGUGUUGCCACCGCUUUUCUGUUCUUAUUUUUAAUUUAAAGCCGAACGAUGGGAUGUGACGGGGGCACCAUUCCUAAAAGACACGAGCUGGUGAAAGGCCCCAAGAAGGUGGAAAAGGUUGAUAAAAAUGCCGAGCUCCUCGCACGCUGGAAAUACUGCGCGCUCAGUCAGGAAAAGCUCCGGCGUCCUAUUGUAGCUUGUGACCUGGGAAGACUCUACAAUAAAGAUGCAGUGAUUGAAUACUUGUUGGACAAGUCUGCAGAGAGACCCAACUCCGAAGUCGUGGCCCAUAUUCGUGGGAUUAAGGAUGUGAAGGAGCUCAACCUCACGGACAAUCCUGCCUGGGAGGGGGAGAGGUCCACCUCCAAGGGUGACCGCUAUGAAGACCUUCACUGCGCACAGUUCAUCUGCCCCGUCGUCGGUCUGGAGAUGAACGGCAAACAUAAAUUCUGCUUCCUGCGAACCUGCGGCUGUGUGUUCUCUGAACGUGCCCUCCGGGAGGUCAAGACUGAGAUCUGCCACAAGUGCGGAGAGCCGUUCCAGGACAGCGACAUCGUCAUCCUCAAUGGGGGCAAAGAGGACAUGGAGAGACUGCAGGUUCGCAUGGAGGAGAAGAGAGCCAAAGAGAAGUCUGCCAAAGGGAAAUGUAAGAAGACAAAGGUGGCUCAGACGGUGUCCAAGUCAGAGGCUCCCAAAGUGCACGAAGGUUCUCCAGAAGCCACAUCAUCAGAGCCGAGGGAUGCAGAGCCAAAGGGCGAGAAGCACUCGACUCCAGCUGCCGAGUCCUCUGGCUCGAGACCUGCCGCUGCAGCCGGAAGCAAGCGGUCCGUCCAGUCCAUGGAGGGCAAGUCCGAGGUGUACAAGUCCAUCUUCACCUCGCACAGCUCGGCCAAGCGCACGAAGCAACAGACCUCGCACUGGGUCACCCACACCCCUUACCACUUCUAACACGCCUCCUCCUCCUAUCGUUUCCCUCCUGUGUUUUCACCUCUUUGACGCACCUGGUAACAAGUCCUCGAUCUGAUGAAUAAAGCCAGACAACUCAAACGGC